GUUUUCCUUUGGAUGACUUUUCAGGGGCUCCUUCUAAUUCACAUAGGAUCAUUUAACACCCCUGAAGGCAAAAAGCAGGCCACUCCUUCUGACUCAGGGGUCCACCGAGGUCUCGCUGCUUGCUGCUCCUGGAGAUGUUUCUCCCCAGGGUGGGCAGCGGCCUCCUGCCACGCUCCUUUUUACUUUCAGUCUCUGCUACCUGUGCGGUUUAAGUAGGGUCAAGGUGAAGCAAGGACGCUUCUAAGGAGAGCACUUGGGUGAAACUGCACACAGAUGUCCUUUGAUAACUGCCGAAAAAAAGAGGAUUUGGCAGAAAGGCUGAGGGCUCUGAUUUACUCAGAGCCUCUGGCCAGUGCCUGUGUAAAUGCCUGGUCAUUUUGCUUUCUCCCUUUGCCCCCCAGAGCUGUGGCAUACCUGCUGUUGCUCUCAUGCCUCUUGCCAACAGUGGCAUCUGCUCAGUGUAGCCAUCAAGAAUUUGAAUGUCAAUAUCUUUGCCUUGAAAUGAAUGGAAAAGUAUUUGUCACUCAGCAGCAAUCAUUCUUCAAAUAAAAGGUCACUGGAAGGACUGAGAGCGUUCGGGAGCCUGGAGGAACUCAUCUUGGACAACAAUCUGCUGGGGGACGACCUCGUGUUGCCAGGGUUACCGCGGCUCCAUACCUUAACCCUCAACAAGAACCGAAUCACUGAUUUGGAGGGUCUGCUGAAUCACCUGGCAGAAGUGACCCCAGCUCUAGAGUAUCUCAGUCUGCUGGGAAAUGUGGCAUGUCCCAAUGAGCUGGUCAGCUUGGAGAAGGAUGAGGAAGACUACAAGCGAUACAGGUGUUUUGUCCUGCACAAGCUGCCCAACUUAAAGUUUCUGGAUGCCAAGAAGGUAACCAGACAAGAGCGAGAAGAGGCAUUGGUCAGAGGGGCCUUCAUGAAAGUGGUGAAACCCAAGGUUUCCAGUGAGGAUGUCAUUCCCUCUCCAGAGCGCCACUACACACCGCUGCCUUCUGCCUCCAGGGAGCUCACCAGUCAUCGAGGUGUCCUGGGCAAGUGCCGCUACGUUUACUAUGGGAAGAACUCAGAGGGCAACAGGUUUAUCCGAGAUGACCAGCUCUGAAGCCACGCCCUGCAUGCCUCUGCCCACUUUGUGAAAAUAAAGGUGAAAGGGAAAAGCCAAAAUAAAGCAACAGCUGCAGAA